CUUUCCCGGAUCUCUCGUACGCGCUUGCUCGGACGUGGCUUCCUGGAGGCGGCAGCCGCUGCUUUUGGGCGAGACGUGACUUGGAGCACGGGAACCCGGAUCCCGGCCCGGCGGGUGGGCACGAUGCGGCUGGGCUCCGGGACGUUCGCCGCCUGCUGCGUAGUGAUCGAGGUGCUCGGGGUCGCGCUCUUCCUCCGGGGAUUCUUCCCGGCUCCCGUUUGUUCCUUUUCCGAGACGGAGCACCAAACAGAGUCCCCAGCGCCCGAACCCUCGGCUGGAGCCAUUUCCAACUGGACCGAGCUCCCGCGCCCUCUCUUCAGAAAAGUUGUUAUUAUGCUGAUAGACGCCUUGAGAGAUGACUUCGUGUUCGGGUCAAAGGGUGUGAAAUUUAUGCCCUACACAACUUAUCUUGUGGAAAAAGGAUCAUCUCACAGUUUUGUGGCUGAAGCAAAGCCACCUACAGUUACUAUGCCUCGAAUCAAGGCAUUGAUGACAGGGGGCCUCCCCGGCUUCAUCGACGUCGUCAGGAACCUCAAUUCUCCCGCGCUGCUGGAAGACAACGUGAUCACGCGAGCAAAAGCAGCGGGGAAAAGAAUCAUCUUUUACGGAGAUGAAACAUGGGUGAAGUUAUUCCCAAAGCAUUUUGUGGAAUAUGAUGGAACAACCUCUUUUUUUGUAUCAGAUUAUACAGAGGUGGAUGAUAAUGUUACAAGACAUUUGGAUAAAGUAUUAAAAAGGCGGGAUUGGGAUGUGUUAAUCCUCCACUACCUUGGGCUGGACCACAUCGGCCACGUUUCUGGGCCCAACAGCCCGCUGGUCGGGCGCAAGCUCAGUGAGAUGGACAGCGUCCUGAUGAAGAUCCACACCUCGCUGCUCUCAGAGGAGAGAGAGACUCUGUUACCCAAUCUGCUGGUUCUUUGUGGUGAUCAUGGCAUGUCUGAAGCUGGAGGUCACGGAGCCUCUUCUGUGGAGGAAGUAAACACCGCUCUGAUCUUAAUCAGCUCUGCAUUUGAAAGGAAACCUGGUGACAUCAGACAUCCAAAGUAUAUUCAGCAGACUGAUUUGGCCGCAACACUAUCAAUAGGGCUUGGUCUGCCGAUUCCAAAGAGCAGCAUCGGCAGUCUUAUAUUCCCAGUUGUAGAAGGAAAACCAAUGAGGGAACAACUGAGAUUUUUACACUUAAAUACAGUACAGCUUAGCAAGUUGUUGCAGGAGAAUGUUCCAUCGUAUGAAAAAGAGCCUGGAUUUGAGCAGUUUAAAGUGUCAGAAAGGUUGCACGGGAACUGGAUCAGACUGUACUUGGAGGAGAAUAACUCAGAAGUCCUUUCCAACCUGGGAAGCAAGGUUCGCAGGCAGUACUUGGAGGCGCUGAGGACCCUGAGCCUGUCCCUGAGCAGACAGGCGGCCCAGUACGACAUCUACUCCAUGGCGGUGGGGGCCGUCCUGGUCCUGGAGGUUCUCGCCCUGCUCCUGCCCAGCCUCCCGCGGGCGCUUACGGGCAAGGCCGAGCUGGACGUCCCUCUGCUGUCACCCGCGUCCUCCCUGCUCUUUUACCUGCUGCUCCUGGCUCUCGCAGCGCUCCACGUCGCCGUGUGCACCUCCACUGACAGUCCGUGCUACCUGUGCAGCCUCCCGUGGCUUACGGCAGGCGGAGUGCUGGUGCUGGUUUCCACGCUGCUCUGCGCAGUCGUGUCUGCUCUCGCCGAGCUGCUUGCCAGUGGAAAGCGUCUGAGGAAGAAUCCACCUCAGUCCAGCUCAGGGUGGUCAGGGUUAGAUCUUCUCAUCUCGUUGGGGACCGUGGGCCACGCGUUGAGUCUGGGCGCAAGCAGCUUCGUCGAACAGGAGCACCAGACGUGGUACUUCCUCGUCAACACGCUGUGUCUAGCUCUGUGCCACGAAACCUACAGACACUGCUUUCUGGGACACGACUGUGCACGUCAGCGCUGCCCGCACGCGGGAGAGGAGUUUGACUGGGUCGCGGUGGCCCCGCAGGCCAAGAGCACUGGCCCUGACGUGUGGGAGCUCGACAGAGCGUCCAAGCACCCCUCUCCCCUGGAAGCGCUCAGAGGCCCUGAGAGGUGGAUGGUGCUGGUGAGCCCGUGGGUCAUUCUGACCUGCUGCCGGCUGCUUCGGUCACUGAACCAGACGGGUGUGCAGUGGGCCCACCGGCCUGACCUGGGGCACUGGCUCACCAGCUCUGAUCAUAAGGCUGAACUCUCUGUUCUGGCCGCAGUUUCCCUCAUCAUGAUUUUUGUGUUGGUUCAGAAGAGGUGCUCCCUGGCAUCAAAAGUGGCCAUGGCGUUUGGCCUGCUGGGCAUCUAUUGCUACAGGGUGGCCGUUGGAAAUCUGCUGUUCCCAUGGCAACAAAACAACAAAGGCAUCUCAAAGGGCAUUACCGAAGCUCGUUUUGUUUAUGUCUUUGUCCUUGGCGUUUUGUUCACGGGCACCAAAGACUUGCUUAAAUCUCAAAUCCCUGCUACAGACUUCGCAGUCAAGACCGUGGGCCUCUGGGAAAUACACAGCGGGUUUGUCCUCCUGGCGGCGCUACUCCUGAGGCCUCACCGCCUGCCCGUCCUAGUGCUGGGCCUCGCUAUCCAGGCCGUCAUGGCUCGGUUCGUCUGGACGCCCCUGAGGCACGACGCAGCUCAGGUCGCCGCGAUGCAUUACUGGUUCGGUCAAGCGUUCUUCUAUUUUCAGGGAAACUCCAACAGCAUCGCCACCGUGGACAUCUCAGCGGGCUUCGUGGGCCUGGACGCCUACGCGGAGGUCCCAGCCGUGCUCCUGACGACGCUGGCAACAUACACGGGGCCUGUGCUGUGGGCCAGCCACCUGCUCAACUUCCUGACCUCAGAAGCCGGCAGUGGUUCGGCGCUGAGUCAUGCUUGCUUCUGCUACGCACUGAUUUGUUCUCUUCCAGUUUCUGCGUAUAUCAUUUUGGUGACAUCCCUGCGUUAUCAUUUAUUUAUAUGGAGUGUGUUUUCUCCAAAACUUCUCUAUGAGGGAAUGCAUCUACUCAUCACAGCUGCUGUCUGUGUAUUCUUCACAGCCAUGGACCAAACCAACGCAAAGUCUUAGACUAAGCUGUUAAGACACUGGAAAAAGAAUAUAUUUUUAAACUUUACUGUUUACUUCAUGGAUUUGCAUAAUGAAAGAAAUCUGUUUAAAUGCAAGAUCAUUCUUAAAAGACAAGGUGUGACUUCUAUAAUGUUGGUGAAUAGUUUCAAUUUCUUUGACUACUGUACUUGAAUUUAGGUUAAAUAGUAAGUGGUUUAAAAAGGUCAUUUUAAAAUACUUAGUUUGGAUAUGAAUUGUAUUCCCCUGUUGACAAGCACUCCAGAAACUUCUGAACUUUUAAUUUCCUCUGGAUAAGUUACCCAAAUAUAUCUGUUUAAACUGAAGAAUAAAAAGUUUCCAGGUUUGUCAUGGUGCACGGGAGCCUCGGAGGGCCUGGGAGCUCUGUGGGACGAGGCUCAUCUGCUGCCGGGGUCCCCUCGCAGAGCUCAGGACCUACCGGGGUCCCCAGCAGCUUGGGUUUAUGUGGGCUACGUCUGUCAGCAUUUAUGGCAUUUAAAAUUAAAACUAAGACAUUCAAAAAUAUGUAUUCAUUUGAAAAUAAGGUCAUAAACCCAUUGUGUGUUAAUAUAACAUUUUAAAGAAAAAUAUAUUUUCCAAAACAAAAAUAUUUAGCGAGAAGAGUGGCAUUGCUUUACAUUUUUGUAAAUCUGUCUGACUUAAUUGAAGGCGGUUGGAUUCUGCAUCUGUCUGUUGUGGUCUGUGUGUGUGGUUGCAUCAGUUGCACAGAUGUGUCAUUGGAAAAGGGAAGAGUACUUUAAUAUCCUUUUCUGAUCAUCAUGGAUGUUCUUUCUUGAUACUGCACUAAAAGUGGACCUGUGAUAGUUUCUUAAAGGUUAGCUGGAGAAAGAAGAAAUGAGCGUGUGUAAAACAGGUGAAGACCUACUGAGGUCUCACCUGAGUGAACAGACUGGCACCCAUGUCCGCUGCCAGGUUUGACAAGGACUGUGGCCAUGUUAGGUACUCUUGUUGGGGAAAUCUGGGUGAAUUGUACAUGGGACUCUCAGUAAUAUUUUUAUAACUUGUGAGAUUUAA